UAUAGAUACUCCAGUCCUACUAGUACUUAUAACAACAACAACAGCCACUGAGUCGUGCCAUGCAGGGCCAACUGGCAUUAUGACUAUCCGCGUCGACUAUCGGCGAUCAAGAGGCAAUACCUGGAUCACCUAGAACAAACCACCAGACCUCACACUACUGAAGGGCUCUUCAUGGCUGAUCCUAACAAAACAAAUCCCGUGUCCAGAACAAUGAGGAUGCUGCAUAAGGUUCUCCUGGUCAUCAUCAUCUUCAUGGCAGGCUGGAUCGCAAACACGACGCUGAGAAAAUAUCAAAUGAAUCUUCGCCAGAACACCGAGGCAGCCCAGGGGUCUACAGUGCCAAGAUACUCACAUUCAUCACAAGUUGCUAGUUUCUCUCUGACUGUGGUGAGUGACGUCGUACUGUGGACGAGCAAAGGCAAGGGGGAAAUCCCAGUAUACCGGGUUCCUGUUCUCACAUACACACCCCAAGGGAAUCUGGUCGCCAUAGCAGAAGGGAGAAGGGAAUCAGAAAAGGAUGUAAAUCCAAAGAUCUUUGCCGUGAAAAGAUCUGUGGAUGGAGGUGCAACGUGGUCACCUCCACAAAGGAUAGUGGACGAUGGAAACAGGGCCCGUUUCAAGUUCAGCUCCUACAUAGGAACUAUUUUCGUAGACGACACAACUGCUACCAUCUUCCUGAUGUACGUGUUUUGUGAGUUCUGCCCUACGAGAUCACUGAUGUUGAUAAACAGUACGGAUGACGGCAUCACGUGGGGCCGGCCGAGAAAUAUCACCGACCACGUAGGGAAAGACUACGCCACACACCCAAGUCCUGGAUACGGUAUUCAGAAAAAGCAGGAGCCAGCAGAGGGUCGGCUGAUUGUGUGCGGACACGGUUUCCACGAUGGUAAAGGCUUGGUGCUGCUGCUGAGUGAUGACCACGGCGUGACGUGGAGACGGGGAGCCUUCGUACCGAGUGUGCCGUUCAUGCCACAGAGGGAAAUGGGGCAUUUUGAUCCCGAUGAAUGCCAGCCAGUGGAGUUACCUGAUGGAUCCAUAUACAUAGUCGCCCGGAAUCAAAAAAGAUACAAGUGUCACUGCAAGGUGAUCAUGCGCAGUUUUGACGGGGGAGAAACGCUGCCGCGGAAGUACAUGUUCCUGGACAACUCUCUCGUCGAACCGAAGAUCACAUCCGGAGUGUGGUACCACAACGGGACCAUGUUCUACUCAGGACCACAGAGUCAGACCAAACGUGCGAACUUGUACAUCAGAUGGAGUCACGACUAUGGCCACACCUGGACCCCAGGGACACAGAUAUGGGGAGACCUGUCAGGAUACUCCACACUCACGAUGCUCCCACACGAUAUAAAGCACCUCUACAUACUGUAUGAAAGAGGCACAAAUCAGUAUUUUGAUGAAAUCGCGGUUACUAAAAUGAAAAUAUCCGCAGCAAAGGGUCGAAAUUCCGAAAUGAGGAAUGGAAAUUCCCCGUAGUCGUUUGAAAAUAAAAUUGGUUCAAAAAUGGAUUUCACGCUUGGAAAACAAGAUGGCGGGUAAGAUAUUUGGUGGGCAAUGAUGACGUCAUCCAACACAAAUACAGUACAACAAUGACAGUUCUGGCAUCUCGUCUUUCCAGUUAGGUCGAGCGUGUGGCGUAGGGU